AUGAAGAUUGUGCUCUUCACUGGAAUGUUGAAAGCCUUUUCGUUGGUGCACUAUGAAGUGUUGUUUGCAAAUCAUCAAUUCACAACCAACAUGAAAAGACACAUAUAUGGUCAUGCUACUGAUGUUGUAAUUCACCCUCUAAACGAGGAGAAAGCUGCCCAAGCUACCGUAGAUCUUAUUGGGGAGCUCUUU